UCUGCAAAAAACAGCAUUGCCAAUUACACCGAGAGAUUUAUUUUAGGCUUGUAUUAUAUAUGUUCAACCAACAACUAAAUCCAUUGACCACGAACAGACGGAACUGCAGAAUAGGAUUUUUGUGUACAUUCCGCACAAUGCUGCCCCCUGGCGGUCAUUCUAAUGUAUUAUAUAAAACGAGUUAUCGCGAAUUAAAAGUAUUAAUAUUAGUAUGAUCAUUUUAAGAAUCAACAUUUAUACAUAUGGCCAUACUUUACUUUAAAGUUAGUUCUAGCGAAUUGAUUAUUGAUAAUAACUUUAAAUUCGGACAUCGCAUACGCACCGUGCGUCAUCAUGCAGCGACAGCGUUCUGUCAACAAGCGUAUCCAUCCGCGCUGAACGCCAACUGAAACCUCUUCGCCCUACUUUAUCAAUAGCACCAAUAAUAUCGAUCAAUAAGCCCGUGAUGAAAGCCCGGGUCAGUGCCAGGGUGCAGCUCUACGCCGACUGAGGCCGCCUCCCCACCCUCUCAAACCGCCGCCACCGCCGCCGCCAUGGGCCAGCAGCUCUCGGGCCAGGCCAGCCGGCUGCCCGAGAAGCUGGUGAGGCACGCGGGGCUGGUGAGGGACAGCGGGUACCUCACCUACGAGGAGUUCCUGGCCAGGGUGUCGGAGCUCAACGACGUGACGGCCCAGCUGGCCGCCGGGCAGCAGAAGCACCUCCUCUUCGAGGUGCAGCCCGGCUCCGACGCCAGCGCCCUGUGGAAGGUGGCCGUGCGCGUGGUGUGCACCAAGAUCAACAAGGAGACGGGCACGGUGGAGGCCACCCGCAUCAUGAACCUGUACCAGUUCACCCAGCUGUACCGCGACGUCACCAGCCAGGCCGCCCAGGUGCUGGGCCCCGAUGGCCCCUUGGAGGGCCCCUCGGCCCAGCUGCCCUCCACCGACUCCUGCCAGGCCAGCAUGUGGAUGGGCCGGGUGAAGCAGCUGACGGAUGAGGAGGAGUGUUGUAUCUGCAUGGACGGCCGGUCGGACCUCAUGCUGCCGUGCGCACACAGCUUCUGUCAGAAGUGCAUUGACCAAUGGAGCGGGCAGAGCAGGAACUGCCCCAUCUGCCGCAUCCAGGUGACGGCGGCCAACGAGUCCUGGGUGGUGUCAGACGCCCCCACCGAGCACGACAUGGCCGACUACAUCCUCCACCUGGCAGACGAGGCCGGCCAGCCCCACAGUCCCUAGGGACACCACCCAACAACACCACCGAAAGUCCCUAGAGACACCACCCAACACCACCGCCCACAGCCCCUAGAGACACCACCCAACACCACCACCCACAGCCCCUAGAGACACCACCCACAGCCCCUAGAGACACCAC